AUGUUGCCAUGGAAGGCGCGAAGAAGAUGUGCGCAGCCAUUUUGGACCACAACCAAGUUUUGUGUCUCGUGCCUUGAAGCAUCCAAAGCCAAGCUUACCAUGCGCCUGCUCCUUGCUCUUUUCGCUCUCCUACCUGGCGCGGUGGCAGAGGUGUCCCUCAAGGACCGCAUGACGGCAGCGGUGGCCCAUGGUUUGGCCAAGGUACGUGCAAAUCAUUCCAUUGCCAACAAAUCCAGGAGACUCUUCACUCCAGGGGAUAUUUUGCCUUUCGAUUUUGAGCUGGACCCCGUGGAAAUGUCAGAUUGCACGACGCCGACCUUGUUGGGAGGCACCGGUGGCGACUGCUUUUCGAUCUGCUUCUUCACUACGUGGCUGUGUGAAGGCAUCUUCGACAUAGCUGACAACAUCUGCGAUGCGUACGCCGAUGUUGGCAGUGUCGGGAUUGGCGCGGCCGUCUCCGCCGGCGUUGCCGCAGUAAUUCCAGGGGUGCUCUGGGACUUGCCGAUGGCGGCAACCAUGGGGCUGUUGGCGAAAGAGUUCGUCGAGCCGCUCUUUGACCAGGUCGUGGAGAGGGUGUGCCAGCCCACUGACACCCUCGGCGACACGAUUUCACUCACGGAUGAGUGCAUGGAUGCCAUGAAGCAUUUUGGAGGCACCUUUGAGGGCAUUGUUGAGAAGGCGGGCACCGACCUCAACGGCAUGCUGACAGGCAACAUUCAAGACUGCUGUAGCACCGUGAUGCGUCGGCGUCGACGGCUCGGCUACUGCAGCAACGUGGAACGCCGGCGCUGCCGCGUUGACUACAACCCCAUCACGGAUUUCGAUGACUGCUACAACCCCGAAGAUGAGCUCGAGGAGUCAUACGAAGAGGGCAUCACCAUCACUGUGGAGAGUGCUAUCAACUUGCCCGACAAGGACACCUUUGGCGAAACUGACCCCUACAUCAUCUGCGAGGAUGAGGAUGGUGGUGACAGCUUUGAGACAGAGGCUAUCGACGAGGGUGGCAGCCAUCCUGUUUGGAACAGCGGCGGCUCGGGCUGGUUGGAGGACUGGGAGAAGGGUGAGGAUGUGGAGUGUGAGAUCUGGGAUGAGGACUCCCUCUUCGGGAAUCCAGAUGAGUAUAUCGGCAGCUUUGUCAUCCCGUCGUCUGUGCUGGAUCACGUUGAGGAUGAUGACGGAGAUGCGGAGGUGAAGUUCGAUGUGGCCGUUCAAGAGGACGACUCCUGGUGGCCUUUCGGAAAGCGCCUGAGAGGGAACCUUUCCAACUUAACCAAGGCUGGUCGGACGGGAGGAGCCCGAGUCUCCGGCUCCGCCAGCAGAGGAAGUCAGCAGCGCGCUGACUGUCCAGAAUCCUGGAACACUCGACGCUGCAACAAGGAAGCCACGAUGCGCAAGAAGCUGCCAAGUGGCAACUAUUUGCGAGGUUGCCCCAAGUGCAACAUCUACACGCCCUGCGUGGAUGGCAAAAAGCCUGUGGACACCUUCCAGACGAUCGACUUCGGUAAACAAUACUUUACUAACUGCGGCUUCUUUGCUGCUGCAUAA